AUGACCACCCCUGGACGAACGUUGUGCUUCGAGUGCGACCGUGGCGGUCGAGAUGCAGCGAUAGAGGCGACUGAAGAGCCGACGCUAAAGCGGGCGCGUGUUGAGGAGCCGUCGGUCGUCGAAGUGCGUCUUGUUGAGCACAUUCGCGACCUGGACGAGGCCAACGAAGACAAUGACAAGCACUACGGACUGUUCGUGUGGCCGUCGGCUCUGCUACUGUCUCGCUUUGUCGCCCGCGAGGCAGAUCGACUCUGUCGGGACAAAGUGGUGCUGGAAUUGGGCUGCGGUACUGGACUUCCGUCCAUCCUGGCUGCACUCUGUGGAGCGACGAAGGUCUACCUAACGGACCGAGCUGAUGCUGCCGACAUCCAGCUCAACGCAGAGGCUAACAUCAAGUUGAACAAGCUGGAAGGACGAGCAGAGUUCAUCCCGUUGACCUGGGGCGACAUGCACAUCUCGGACGAAGUGGCUGCCAUCUUUAAAACGGUUGAUGUCGUCCUCGCCGCCGACUGCUUCUACCAAUCUGAGGAUUUCGAGAAGGUGAUUGCUACGGUUGCUCUCAUCUUCCGGUACAGUGCGUCGACCUCUUGCAAGUUCGUGUUCUCCUACCAACUCCGCAGCAUCAACCGCUCCAUCGCUCCACUUUUAUCUCGCUGGGGGUUGACAGCCAAGUCUCUCGACAAGAGCGAACUGUUCAGCAACGUCGAUGACGUCUCGCUUCAAGAAUUCGACAGCAUCUUCCUUUACGAAGCCCAACAACAAGCACAACACUAA